CUCUGCGACAGUGAGAAUGGGUCUUAUUGAACCCUAAAACACUCAUUUCCCCCAACUCCAUCUCCACACAAUUCCAUCAAUUUUCUCCAGAAAUCGAGUUUUAAUUUCACGACGAUGCAAGAUUUCUUCGGAUCCGUUCGCCGAUCCUUGGUGUUUCUUACUCCCGACGGCGACGAUGGAGGGCGGUUCGGUGGCCUGGUCGAGAAGAUCGGCUCGAGCAUCCGCAAAUCUCGAAAUGGACUCUUCUCUAAGCAUUCCGUGAGGGCUCUGCCUCCAGUUAUGAAGGAAGACGCACCUCCGAUUUGGUGGCGGAGGGGAGAGUUGAUCGGAUGCGGUGCUUUUGGUCGUGUUUAUAUGGGGAUGAAUCUAGAUUCUGGAGAGCUUCUUGCGGUCAAACAAGUCUCAAUUGCUGCUAAUAGUGCUUCGAGGGAGAAAGCACAAGCUCACAUACGGGAGCUGGAGGAGGAAGUGAAGCUUUUGAAGAAUCUUUCUCACCCCAAUAUCGUGAGAUAUCUGGGAACUACCAGAGGGGAAGAUUCAUUAAAUAUUCUACUGGAGUUUGUUCCUGGAGGAUCCAUAUCAUCUCUGUUAGGGAAAUUUGGAUCUUUCCCCGAGUCUGUUAUAAGAACCUACACGAAGCAGCUUUUAUUGGGGCUCGAGUACCUUCAUAAGAACGGCAUUAUGCAUAGGGAUAUAAAGGGUGCAAACAUUCUUGUAGACAAUAAGGGGUGUAUUAAACUUGCAGAUUUUGGUGCAUCUAAGAAAGUGGUUGAGCUGGCAACUAUAAAUGGAGCCAAAUCAAUGAAGGGUACUCCAUAUUGGAUGGCUCCUGAAGUUAUUCUCCAGACUGGGCAUAGUUUCCCUGCUGAUAUAUGGAGUGUAGGCUGUACUGUUAUUGAAAUGGCAACUGGGAAGCCUCCAUGGAGCCAACAGUAUCAAGAGGUUGCUGCUCUUUUCCAUAUAGGGAAUACUAAGUCCCAUCCGCCCAUUCCUGAGCAUCUAUCUGCUGAGGCAAAAGAUUUUCUGUUAAAAUGUUUGCAAGAGGAGCCAAACUCAAGGCCUACUGCAUCAGACUUGCUGCAGCAUCCAUUUGUAUCAUGUGAGUAUCAAGAUCCUCAUGCAGCAGUCCGUGCCUCUUCUGUGGAAUCUGGGAAACAGAUGGUUGGCUCUGGGUUGAAUUCUAAUGAUCUAGCAAAUUCGACAAUCCAACGUUCAACCUGCGUGGGCUUAAAGGAUAUUUGUGAAAUGGGUAGCUUGAGGUGCUCUUCUGUUUAUUCAGGGAACUACACGUCGCAGUCCAAUUGGGGCUCAAGCAAUUUUGAGGAGGACAUGUGUCAGAUAGAUGAUAAAGAUCUGUUGGUUAGUCCAUCGAUAAAGUACAAAUCUAUUAUAUCGUCAAGCGAUUUGAAUAAGAGUUUCAAUCCUAUGUGUGAACCCACCGAUGAUGACUGGGCAUGUAAAUUGGAUGGGAGCUCAGAGUUGGGAGGCAAUUUAAUGGACUUGUCUGGAAUUCAAACUAGCCAGGAAACUACUUGUAAGGAGAAUGACUUUACUUUUCCAUGUGGUCAAUCAGCAGUUGAGGAUGAUGAAGAAGUUACUGAGUCAAAGAUUAGAGCCUUCCUGGAUGAAAAGGCUAUAGAACUGAAGAAGAUGCAAACACCUUUAUACGAAGAGUUCCGCAGCACAAUUAAUGCAGCUAAUGCUUUAGGAGCAGUUGGAACUGAGAAUAGCAAGAGUGUAUCUAAUUUCUUGAAAUUGCCUCCCAAAUGUGGGUCACCAAGUAAGCUGCGUGGUAAAAGACUCUCAUCAAUUGAUGCUAGUAACUGUUCCAGCCGUCAGAGUCGCAUAAAACAAGCUAGUAUAUUGGAAGAUCGAGCUCUGCAGGAAAUUCAAUCGCCUCAGCUUGGUGAAUGGAACAAAUUGCUUCACACGCAGCCAGAAUCUUCCACGCCAAGUUUCUCUGAGAGACAAAGGAAAUGGAAAGAAGAGCUUGAGGAAGAACUUAAAAGGAAGCGAGAAAUGAUGCGCAGAGGAAUUGUAUGAGCAAUUCACUAAAACCGCCAUCAUCUCCAAAGGGUCGAGGAGUAAAAAUCAACCAAAAAAAGCAUGGUGAGAAGCUCACAUCGCCUGUCAGAUAAAUAUUGUGUGUAGCUAUGCAUAUCUGUGGAUAAAAUUGCAUUCUCAUAGUUGCAAUUGUUAGAAAUGUGUGUACAUUAUCACCAGAAAAGCUCAGUAAGGAGGGUGCUCCACAUCCAGUUCUCAUGGCCCAGCACAGAGCAAUCUCAUAGGGAGCAGGUUCAGGCAUCUCAACUGGAAGAUUCUGAUAAGUCAUAUCUUUACAUUUCUUUUAUUUGAUUAUUUGUUAACAUUUGCUUCCCCCCAUUAUUAUCUUCUAUGUUAUUGGUGGAAAUUUGUGACUCGGAAAAGCCUUGUAGUCGAUGAUCCACGUGUGAAUCGUUCGAGUUCAAUACAAAGAAAUAGAGCUUAUUAUAACGUCGUGUAUUGUAAGUGUCCUCUGUCUAUUUGUCUCAAUGAUGGAAGAUAACUUUUUGAGUUUGAA